AUGCCUUCGUACCCUGAUCUGUCGGGUGCAAAUCAGGCUGGGGUAUCAGGAAAGAGCUCGUCUAGGAAACCUUUUGGUGGGCUAAGGAGAAAGGUGCAGCCACCAAACCAUGCCGAUGAGGAAUCUACUCCUAGACUGUUGCCUUAUAACACUUCAAUGGCAACACCAUCUCAUACAAACUACGUUUCGAACUGUUACUGCUGCGGGCUGGUCUUGGCCUACCCUGACGGAGCUUCUAAAUUCAAAUGUACUGUUUGUGAUACAACGAAUUUUGUUACUAAGGAUUCAUUGGACGGGAAAGAGGUAUCGUAUUACCCAAAACCUGUCACAUAUGAAGAAUUAUCGCACUUGCUAAAUCAGUGUAUGGCCAAUGUCCAAAGCUUGGAUGGCCCGAAUGGUCUGAAAGAACAGCUGCAAAAUAGGGCCCAAACCUUGCACACUAUCUUCGAGCCGUUGUCAAAAAGGUUAUAUGAUGCAUUCAGGUCGGUUGAGUGCUUACGAAGAUCCUUCCUACUCAAUUACAGGAGGACUUCGUUGCAUUAUUCCAAUUCCAAUUUGGAUUUGAACGGAAUUAAGAAUUUGUUCAAUUUGUUAACGAGGCUACCCACGAAGAGGCCCUUGUAUAAUGCAUUGUCUGGAGCCGUGGAGCUAUUGAAAAGGGUCAGUUUUCAACCUCAGGAUGAUACAAGAAGACUUUAUCACCUUUUAAUUCUACUUGAAAUUCCAUACUUGACUCUGGCUUUAGUCCCUAGGACCACUUCCCUGGCUUCUUCGCCACUAAAUAGUAGACAAGGAAGUGCCAUAUUUAGAAUGGUUGAUGUUCCUGAAAUAAGAAAUUUAUUACGGGAAAUAUUAUCUAAAACGUUGGGUAUGCUUUCACAGUCAGUAACACCAAUUUCCUCAAACUAUGUUUGUAGUUGGUGGUCCAAAUUGCCAAACGACGAGUUCAUCCAAAAAGUUGAAAAUAUCAACUUAUAUAUAACAUUUUACUUGAGAAGAUAUUUUGAAAAGGUCAAACAAUUUGAUAGGAAAAGAUCGAUUAAUUAUAGACUUCCUAUUACUUCUAUCGCUGAUAAUAACAGCAAGGAGAGUGAAGUGAAUGUAAAUGAUACCCAGCAGAAGAUAAAAAUCAAUCAAUAUGGUGACGAUUGGCACUUGAGAGCUGCCUCUAUAAUCCUUGCGAUGCUCUUCAAAGCAAAUACAGUAAGAGGCUUCUAUAAAAUUCCUUGCCAUUUCUUCUACAACUCCAUGGUUGACUUUGUCCAUGUCAAAUUGGAUUUUGAUUCUUGGCAGAAGAAGCAGAGGGAAAAGACUGUUGGUAACAGUAGUGAAAGAGGGCCCAGUCCCACUGCCAAUUCUCCGCCCGAUAUUCAGACGGUCAUUGAAUAUAUUCAAGACUCAGAUCGGGCAAGAAGUAUGCUAGUCGAUUCAGCGUCAUUCUAUUUCUGUCAAUAUCCGUUCUUGAUUUCCUUGGGUGCUAAAAUAUCUAUUUUAGAAUAUGAAGCAAGAAGAAAGAUGGAAAGGAAGGCGGAAGAAGCAUUCAUCAGUUCAUUGGACAAGAAAGUUGCAGAGGACGUAUAUUUCAGAGUUAAAGUAAGGAGAGAUCAUAUAGUUCAAGACUCUUUGUAUUGCAUUCAAUCCAAUACUUCCAACCUUAUGAAAUCAUUAAAGGUACAAUUCAUAAAUGAGCCUGGGAUUGAUGCUGGGGGGUUGAAGAAAGAGUGGUUUUUAUUGUUGACUAAGGAGAUUUUUGGUCCUCAGACUGGGAUGUUGGUUGAAGUUGAAGAAUCGAAUUGUUUGUGGUUUAACAUGGUUCCAAUUGAUAAUUUGGAAAUGUACUAUUUGUUUGGGGCAAUUUUGGGAUUGGCCAUAUACAAUUCAACAAUAUUGGAUUUACAUUUUCCCUUGUCUAUUUACAAGACACUUUUAAAUAAAACUUUAACCUUUGAGGAUUAUAGUGACAUAUAUCCUGAAGUUGCAAGAAAUUUGUUAAAAUUGAAGACUUAUUCCAGUGAUGAGCUUAGUAUGAUGGAUCUCACAUUUGAAGUAACCAUAACUGAUGCAUUUGGAAAUAUUUAUACAAGGGAGCUUAUUCCAAAUGGUCGGAAGAAGAGGGUUACUAAAGAGAAUCUAGGAUUUUAUAUUGAUAGAUACAGUUCGUACUUCAUCUGUGGUGGGAUUUUGCCUCAAUUGAAGCUGUUUGUGAAUGGGUUCAAGACUGUUAUAGGAGGAAAUGCAUUGUCGUUGUUUCACCCCGAGGAAAUCGAAUUAUUGAUUUGCGGUAGCGAUGAAAAGUAUUUGGAUAUCGAUAUCUUGAAGUCGAUAACAAAGUAUGUUGGGUUUAAAGACCGUGAGAGUGCUGAAAAGGACGCUACUAUUGCGUGGUUUUGGGAAUAUAUGCAUCUGAUGGAUUAUACUAGUCAUAAGAAGUUGUUGCGGUUUGUGACUGGAUCUGAUAGAGUUCCUGCUACUGGGUUGCAGAAUUUGAGUUUCAAGAUAAGCAAGGCAAGCACUAGCUUCAGCGAGAGACUACCAAUAGCACAUACAUGUUUCAAUGAGCUAAGUUUGUAUAGCUAUAAAAGCAAGGAAAAAUUGGUUCGGAAGAUGACAUUGGCAGUUAACGAGAGCUUGGGAUUUGGAAUAAAGUAA